CCAAUUUCUCAUUUACAUCAUCAUCUCUUUUUCUCAUUUAAUCUCACACAUUAUAAGUAGUCAAGUUCUUGGUGAUUCUAAUCAUCACUUAAUCUUUCAUUAAUUAGCAUAAAAUUAUGGGUAUUCAUGUUGAUUUUGAUGAUCAAUAUUCUCAUCAUCAUUAUCAAAGGGUUGAAAUUCCACCACCAAAGCCAUUCUUGAAGACACUCAAAUCUAAUGUGAAAGAAACAUUAUUUCCUGAUGACCCUUUUAGAAAAUUCAAGAAUCAACCACUUUCCAAAAAAAUUUCUUUGGGUUUUCAAUAUUUUGUACCAAUAUUAGAUUGGGCUCCUCGUUAUACACUUCAAUUAUUUAAAGCUGAUAUUAUUGCUGGAAUUACAAUUGCUAGUCUUGCUGUUCCUCAAGGGAUUAGCUAUGCUGGCUUGGCUAACUUGCCUCCUGUUAUUGGACUUUAUUCAAGCUUUGUGCCACCAUUGAUAUAUGCCAUGUUGGGAAGUUCAAAGCAUUUGGCAAUAGGGAAUGUGGCAGUUCCAUCACUUCUCAUUUCUGCCAUGCUUGGGAAAGUUGUUAAUCCUCAUGAAAAUCCAAAGCUUUAUCUUCAAUUGGUGUUUACUGCUACUUUCUUUGCUGGAGUUUUCCAAGCUUCUUUGGGCUUCUUAAGGCUAGGGUUUAUGGUGGAUUUUCUGUCUCACGCAACAAUAUUGGGAUUCAUGGGUGGAGCAGCCACUGUUGUGUGCUUACAACAAUUGAAAGGAAUACUUGGCCUCGUUCAUUUCACCCAUCAAACUGAUAUUGUCAGUGUAAUGACUUCUAUCUUUACCCAAAUCCACCAGUGGAGGUGGGAAAGUGGAGUCCUAGGUUGCUGUUUCCUCUUCUUCCUCUUGCUGACCAGAUAUUUUAGCAAAAUGAAGCCAAAAUUCUUCUGGAUAAGUGCUAUGGCGCCUCUAACAUCUGUAAUUUUGGGAAGUGUUCUUGUUUAUUUCACCCAUGCUGAAAAAAAUGGUGUUCAAGUGAUUGGGCAUUUGAAAAAGGGGAUAAAUCCACCAUCAUAUUCUGAACUGGCGUUUAGCUCACAGUAUCUUGCAAUUGCCAUUAAGACUGGAGUUGUCACCAGUAUCAUCUCCUUGGCUGAAGGAAUAGCAGUUGGAAGGAGUUUUGCUAUACUUGAAAACUAUGAUAUUGAUGGAAACAAAGAAAUGAUUGCUUUUGGGCUUAUGAACAUUGUUGGUUCUUGCACCUCUUGCUACUUAACCACAGGACCAUUUUCGCGAACCGCAGUAAAUUACAAUGCAGGAUGUAAAACAACAGUGUCCAACAUAGUAAUGUCAAUAGCUGUGAUGAUAACAUUGUUGUUACUCACACCAUUAUUUCAUUACACACCCCUUGUUGUUCUUUCCUCCAUUAUAAUUUCAGCUAUGCUUGGCAUAAUUGACUACAACGCUGCUAUCCAUUUAUGGAAAGUUGAUAAAUACGAUUUCCUCGUAUGCAUUAGCUCGUAUAUUGGAGUCGUCUUUGGUAGCGUUGAAGUUGGCCUAAUAGUCGCGGUGGCAAUGUCAUUACUUAGGAUACUUUUAUUUGUAGCAAGGCCUAAAACAUUUGUUUUAGGUAAAAUACCUAAUUCAAUGACAUAUAGAAAUAUUGAACAAUAUUCAGCAGCAAGCAGUGUUCCAGGAGUUCUCAUCAUCCACAUUGAUUCCCCAAUUUAUUUUGCUAAUGCAAGUUAUUUAAGGGAAAGAAUAUCAAGAUGGAUAGAUGAAGAAGAAGAGAAGCAAAGGAAUUCAACAGAAAUUGAGCUACAAUAUGUUAUAUUGGAUAUGAGUGCUGUUGGAAACAUUGAUACAAGUGGAAUUAGUAUGCUUGAGGAAGUGAAAAGAAAUGCAGAUAGACGAUGCCUUAAGGUUUUAUUGGCAAAUCCUGGAGGGGAAGUGAUGAAGAAGUUGGACAAGUCAAAUUUCAUAGACAAAAUUGGGAAAGAAUGGAUUUAUUUAACAAUUGGUGAAGCAGUAAAUGCAUGCAAUUAUGUUCUUCAUAAUUGCAAGUUUCAAUCAAAGAGAAUUGAUUCUUCAGUAACUCCAGAUGAUAAUGUAUAAAUGAUCAAUCAGAUUAAUGAUGGUCAUUAAAAUAAUGCAAGUGUAUUAGUAUUAAGUAAUUUAUUUUUACAGUUUCACUAAGUGAAACAUAUAAGGAGCUUGUUUAUUUACCCUAA